AUGCAUUUGAGCAAGCCUUGGACCCAAGCAACACUUGUCACAACAGCCUUGGUUGCUAUACUGGGCUUUCAACUGUCACAAGCAAUGUCUCCCUGUGAGAAGAUUAGACUUGGUAUAAAGAUUGGCAAACACAUACCACUUGAGGCAAAUGUGAACUCCAAGGAACUGAUUGCCAUCAUGGAAGAGGCAGUUUCCAAAAAUCCAGAUCUCAUGCACAAUACAGAUCAGUUCUCAGCUAGACUGAAAGAAGAGUGUGCAAAGUUGGGAGAUGCCAGCUGCCCUGCCUGUGGCCAUGGUCAGACCUCAAUUGGAAAAGGGAACAAGGUCAAAAAAAUACAAUCCUCCACUAUGAAAUUGAGCAAGCCUUGGAGCCAAGCAAAACUUGUCACAACAUCCUUGGUUGCUAUACUGGGCUUCCAACUGUCACCAGCAAUGACUCCCUGCCAGCAGCUUAGACUUGGUUGGGAGAUUGUCAAACACAUACCACUUGAAUCCAAGGCAAAUUUUCACUCCAAGGAACUGAGCACCAUCAUGACAGAGGCAGAUUCCAAAAGUCUAGAACUCUUGCACAAUUAA